AGGGGCGGAGCUCGGUCAGAGUGCGCAGGCGCUUCCGAGGGCGCUCUGAGGGAUCCCAGCGGGUCUGUGGUACACCGUGCGCGCCCGCAAGUAGGUGGAGCCAAGGGUUACCCGGGACCACCUAGAAGGAAGGUGGGCGCCAUCUACAGCCAGGAGGGGUGAACGUCUUUCCCGGCGCUCCAGCUAAGCCCGUCGGAAAUAUUUUUUUUUGUUAAUGACACCACGUGACCGGUGUGGGCCGGGCUUCAUCACUGCCUUCAACUAGCUCGCCAGGAUGUUGGGUGGCAUGAAAAAGUGUCACAUAGAUGCCCUCACCAAACUGAGGGUGUCUCUGGCUAGAGAUUUGGUGCCAGAUGAGUUAUUGGAACACCUACUGGCUGACGGAGUCUUAACGCCGAUUAUGAAGGAGAACAUUGAGUCCAACAACAGGCGCUUUAAACAGAACACCACAUUGCUGGACUUACUUCCAAGCAGAGGUCCCCAUGCCUUCUCUUUCUUCUGUGCCGCUCUGCAGAAUACCGGACAGCAGCACUUAGCGCGGCAGCUGGAGGCCUUAGUGAAGACUGGGGAAUCAAAAGAAAAACAGCUUCCAUUGUCUGUGCAAGAAACCGUUCCAAGAGGAAGACCUUUCUCACUAGAAUGCUUUGAGAUGAGCAUAGAUGAUGGAGAUGGUCCAGUAAGCGUCAGUCACACCAGCGUGGGUUUUUUCCUUUCUCAUCAUGAACAGGCCUAUAAGAUGAGCACUAUCCCUCGUGGCUUAGCCCUAAUCAUCAGCAAUAUCCAGUUUUCUGAUCCUGAACUGGGUCAUCGCUACGGAGGAGAAGUGGAUGAGGCCUCUCUGAAAAACCUGUUUGCUCAUUUCAACUAUAAGGUUAUUUUCCGGAGUGAUUUAACUGCUCAGAAAAUGAUGUCUGAACUGGUCCAUUUCUCCUCACUGCCUGAACACUCCCAUGUGGACUCUGCCAUUGUAGCCGUAUUAUCUCACGGAGUUGACGGUGCUAUAUAUGGAACUGACAGCCAAAUGGUCAAGUUGCAGGACAUCUUCGUGUUAUUGGAUAACGCUCACUGCCCGCAGCUACAGAACAAACCGAAAAUGUUCUUCAUCCAGGCCUGCCGGGGAGUUGAGGCGGACCGAGGAGUUGACCAGAGAGAUGGGAGAGACCAGGCUUCUUCUCCAAGCUGUGAACAGAGCGAUGCAGGAAAGGAAAAUGGCAAAGUCCGUCUGCCCACCCAGUCUGAUAUGAUCUGUGCCUAUGCCUGUCUGCAGGGUACUGUAUCACUUCGUAACACAAAACGUGGCUCGUGGUUCAUACAGGAUCUCACCGAGGUGUUUUCCAAGCAUGCUAAGGACACGCAUGUAGCUGACAUGCUUGUGAAGGUUAACGCUUACAUUAAGAAACGGGAGGGCCACGCUCCCGGGACCGAAUUUGACCGCUGCAAAGAGAUGUCAGAGUAUUGCAGCACGCUGUGCAAGGACCUUUACCUGUUCCCGGGUAUCUCAGUCCGACCCUCCCCUCCAACCAGCACUUAGUAUUCCAUUCGGAAAGGACGAAGCUCUAUUUUUUUAUUGUUGACUGUUUCCAAGUCUUCCAACUUUGUACUGUCCAUGCAUCACUUUUGCACUCUUUCCUUGCUUACUACGGUAUUAUUGAGAUGAAACUGGAGGUGCCGUCUUCAGAGACUUUUUUUUCUGCUACAGCUGUUAUGUAGACAUGGCAAUGAUUUUCUCCAGAGCCCUGGGCCUGCCUGCAGCUCACUUCCCAGGCUCUGUGUUGUUUUUUUUUCAUUUGUACAGAUUACGUUUAUUUACAAAAAGUAUGGGGUACACUGCUUCCCAAGCCCUGUAUCUAGCAACCCCUAUGGAAGAUCAGGUGCUGAAUGCCAGCAGGGGCCCAUCCUUAGCAUGACAAACUGCACAAACCCAAAGGAAAAGACCAGCUAUACUAUGGAAAAAUUCAAAUGCUGGUAACUUUAUUCAUCCGAGCAACAUCAAAAGAGAGUCUCCGUCUGGGUCCUCCUUCCCUGUCCAGGCUGGUCUUGAUUAUGAAGAUUCUUCAGGUGGCCGUAGUUCUUUAUCUGAGUGCUGAUCAGAGAAAUUGACGCUCUCUAAGCUAUUCCUUUAAAAAAAAAAAAGUUUUAGGUGAACAUGUGAGUAAAGAAAAAUGACUGACUUUUGAUUGUGUUUUGAAGGGUGUAGGCUCCCGGCUGUCAGCCCAAUACUGCCCUUUAAGGCUCAGUUCACACCAAUGCGUUUUUUUUUUUUAAUGUUUUUUGCAGAAACGCAGGACAUUAUUUUUAACAUGGGUUCCUAUGUAACACGUUCACAUCAGUGAUUUUCUGUACCUCUGCGUUUUUGGAAAGGGUCAGGGACUUUUUUUAAAUGCAAAAUGGGGCUUUUUUUUGGUUCAAUGGAGAAGCUGCAGAAAAGCAUGUAGUGAAUUUUUGCCACGAGUUGCAUUUUUUAUUCUGCCCAACAACAAAGUUGUCAUAAAAACGCCAAUUGCGGUAAAAACAACAC